CCAGAGCCUGUCUUAGAAAUUCUUUGCUUGUUCUUUGUUUUCUGUUCUUGAACAUUCUUUAUUUUCACUUUUGCAGCAAGAACUUCCGCAGAUGAAUUAGUCUCUUGUGUUUCCAGCACAGUGUCAUCAUGGCGAGUGCAACACCUGCCUCCUUCGGUCAGGUGUCGUCCCCCUCCCUCGGUGUGUAUCGGAUGCAGAUGGGUCGGCUCACCCUUGAGGUGUCAUCUGGAGACAUCACCAAGGAGGCCUGUGAUGUCAUCAUCAACUCCUCCAAUCAGGGCUUUACCCUAAAAUCAGGAGUGUCGAAGGCCAUCUUGGACAGCGCUGGACUAACAGUUGAGCAGGAGUGCUCACAGAUUGUAAAUUCUCCGAAUUACCAGCCUGGUCCGUUCAUCCUGACGUCGGCCGGCCAGCUGCCCAGCACACACAUUAUCCACGUUGUCGGCCAGAAUGAUCCUGCAAAGAUUAAGGAUGUGGUUUACAAAGUGCUAAAGUUCUGCGAGGAGAACAAGUUCAGCUCUGUCUCCUUCCCGGCCCUGGGAACAGGUCAGGGAGGAGCCGACCCGUCGUUGGUGGCAGACGCCAUGGUGGAUGGGGUGGUGGACUUUGUGAGGAAGAAGCACCCGAGGUUUGUUGGCAGCGUAAAGAUCCUGAUCUUCCAGACGUUCAUGAUGGCGGAGUUUCACGGGAGCAUGAAGAGGAGAGAGGGAGAGCAGGUGGAGGAGAAGAGCGUCUUAACCAAGUUCAAAGACACUUUCACUUCUUGUUUUAUUGGACGUCGGAAGUAGAGACCCAGCAGGAGACUUUAAUAAGUGUCCUACUAGAGGGGAGAACACUCUGGAUCAUAUUUACUCCAACAUUAAGCACUUACACGUACAUAGUCAUACCCCUCCCCCACUUAGGCCAGUCAGA